AAGUGGCCCGUCUCUGCUAUAUUCUCUGUGGCUGUACUAUAAUGCCGCUUGUUCACAUAGCUGCCCGAGAGUGUUCCAAAGAUGUAACUGACUUGCCUUGAAAGGUGCAUUGCUCUUUCUUCAUCUCCUGUACAGCAGGUGGCAGUGAAGUGAACAUCGAAUCCCAAGUGGAAGUACGAGACGAAGUGCGACUGUUUGAUCACUCCUUAAACCAUUUUACGGCAUCACAACAAAGACAAUUUAUUUCAUAAGAUAGCAGAGCAGCAUGUCUGCAGAUCUGGAUCUUUCUCCUCCGGAGGUUUCUGAGCCCACGUUCUUUGAGAGUCUCUUGCGUUAUGGAUUACUUUUAGGAGCCAUUUUUCAACUUGUCUGUAUACUUGCAAUAAUAAUACCCACAUCUAAGAGCCAUGAACAGGUGGAGACUUCAGAGCUGGUUGUCAAUCGCACCUCCGAGCAGAACAAAAAGCCAAAGGCACCUGUUCAACAAAUCCGACAGAAACUGAAAAAGGAGAGCAAGAAAAAGAGAUAGAAUAUUCAUAGUCACCGAGUGUAAAUGAGAUUGUCUGUGAGAGAGAGUAAAACUGAAGGUGCAACACUAACCUUGUUUACUGACCAGCUGUUGAACAGACCAAGAGGCGUUACGUUUGCGAAGUUUGCAUUCACUUUAAACAUUUGUCAUGUUAUCUUUUCUAACGCUACAUGAUUUUGAGUAUAUUUUUGGUUAUAUGUCUUAUUUGUUAUGAAAUGGUUUAAGCAAUGCAAAAUUGGUGUAAUGAGCAAAAGUCUACCCGUGUCGAUUGGUUUACUCAUAAGUCUUUUAUGAGCUUACACCGAUAAAGUAAAGCCGAUUCAUGCAUUUACAUGACCACACCACACGUGUGUUGGCUUAUUAAGCAUAAUCGUUGUGAAAAGGUGCAUUCCAUUACGAAAUGUAAGAAUCGAUUAUUUAGGGAAAAAGGAGCGAUUCUGGACUGUUCUGAAAUGAACUAACCAGUUAAAAGCUAAAUGCCAGUUGAUUAAAGUUGCAUGGAGCACGUUUACAUGCAUUUUCUUAGACUGAUUAUGAUUAAAACAGAUUUCAUGUAUUGGUGUACAGUCAUUAAUGGCGUAAGAAUAAAUCAAUUGACAUGGGUAGAUUUUCCCCAUUACGCAGAUUUUGCGUAAUCAACUCUUCAACGCAAUGCAUGGUAUAAAGCUUUUUCAAC